UUCAUCAUUUUCAACGUUCGCUCGAAUUUUGAAAGAUAUUUUAUGGGAUAUGUUAUAAAUCAAUCAAUUAAGCGAUAGUUCAAGAGAAGUCUAUAUUAAAUUGUCAUAUUUCGAUUUUGUUUGAGAAGUACAAAAUAUAUGUACGGUAAAAAUUCAUCUGGAACACUAUAUGCUCGUGUCAUGGAAAAAGAGGGGACUGCAACUGUGCAGUACCACCAAUGCGAUUAUAAGACACCUAAAAAAUCGUCUAUGGUACUCGAUGGGGAACAUCUAUUAGAUAAAAUAAAUAUUCUAACAACCAAGCCGGAGAAUCAAACGUGUACUAAGCUCCCAACAAUCAACGACUUUGUGAUUAUCAAACCCAUUAGCCGUGGAGCAUUUGGAAAGGUGUUUUUGGGUUACAAAAACAAUGAUCCAAACAAAUUGUACGCCAUCAAAGUGAUGCGCAAAUCGGAGAUGAUAAAUAAAAACAUGGUAUCGCAAGUUAUUACAGAACGAAAUGCAUUGGCGUUGUCACGUAGUCCAUUUUGUGUCAGUCUAUUCUACUCACUACAAUCGCUAGCGUGCGUAUAUUUAGUGAUGGAGUACAUGGUGGGUGGUGAUCUCAAGUCGCUGCUUACCAUGUAUGGCUACUUUGACGAAGCAGUGGCGCGCUUUUAUGUGGCCGAAGUUGCGCUAGCAUUGCAAUAUUUGCAUGAGCAUGGCAUUGUGCAUCGCGAUAUAAAGCCGGACAAUAUGCUGCUAUCGGCAGCUGGCCAUGUAAAGUUGACCGAUUUCGGGUUAAGCAAAAUUGACAACAGAAGAGUUUCAGAUUUGGAAAUAUCUGAUCUAUUAAACAUUUCGCCUACCCUAAAUACACGAACACCGGGCCAGUUGCUUUCGCUGACUUCACAUUUAUCUUUUGGUUCGGAGAAGAAAAUGGAAUGUGGAACUGGCACUUCAAACCUGAUGAAUGCUAUGAAUAGACGCCAUAUGACUGAAUCAUCGGAUAGUGAGGCCGAUACUUCCUUGAAUGAAGCAGAACGAGCUAGUGAUAGUAAAAUAUCUGGAGUCUCUCCGUUCUUUUCGGUGGAAGAGCUAAAUGUUUCUGUUACGCACACAUGCCCCACCAAAACGCAAUUGACCGACAGUAAUUCCUCCUAUUACACGUGCACAUCAACAGAGGCAAGUAACAAUGAAGCAAGUGUCAGUGCAAAUGCACCUACGCAUACUCGUCACGUCGGAUUUGUGGACAUUAGUAAGGAAAUGAACGGCGCUGCUACUGCUGUUAGAGCGAAUUGCAAUCAGGAACAUAAUACACUAUUUAAAGAUAGUCUCAAAGAGAAAAAGGUUUUAAUUAAGGUGCAGGAGCAGAGUGAUCAAGAAGGAGAUUCAUUUGAGUUUAGCAUAGUUCGAAAACCUUCGAUGGAUGAGCGUUUGCGUAUUUCAAAAGGCACAGAGGACUCCGGGGUAUCCAGUCGUAAGAGUGACUAUUCCAUUUCGCAGAUUAACACCACCACAGGCUCACUAGACAAGGCGGACAAUAUGUGCAUUUCGAAGAACGAUACAGGUUGCUCAGACUAUUCGCGAAGUUACAACACGAACAUUACUAGCGAAGCCAACAGUAUGCGUUCGCCAUUUCGCAAUCUAUCGAAAAAUUUCAAACGUCCCGAAUUCAUGAGGGGCAUGAAACGCAAGCUAAAUCUGCUCAAUCGUUCUGAGAACUCGCCCAGUCUGGAAGGUGACGGCUCCAAUUCGGUAUCUAACUGUGGCAGCACCGGCCUCACACAAGAGAUCGAUAUUCUUGACAUCGGUAGCAGCACGCCGAAAAAGCGUAAAGCAAUUAGCGGUGUGCUGAAAGUGCGCUCGCUUUCGGACGAUGAAAUGCCACAGACUCUCAGUGAGCAUGUCACAAAUGUUGUCUUUUCGACACCUGUGUCAUCCCAAAAGCUGCCUCAUCGUGAUGGUGGCUUGUUGGGAAAACUCAAAUCAACACGCUUUGCGUUGCCAGUAUCGAUGGAGAUGAAAAAAUCGGAGCAAGCGACAGAGAAGGCAUCGAAUGUGCAAUAUUUAAAAAUGCCAGCUGAUGAUCUUACCAUGUCACCCAUCAAUUUGGGCAAUAAUGUACCACAAACGCCGAAACGUAUUAAUACACCUUUCCGCACGCCAAAGUCGGUGCGGCGUGGCGUUGGUCGGCAGUCCACUGAACGUAUACUCGGCACACCCGAUUACUUGGCACCCGAAUUAUUGUUGCGUCAAGGACACGGACCGGCUGUUGAUUGGUGGGCACUCGGCGUUUGCUUUUACGAAUUCUUGACGGGUUUGCCGCCCUUCAACGAUGAAACACCACAAAAAGUUUUCGACAACAUUCUGAAUAAAAAUAUUGAAUGGCCAGAGGGUGAUGAAGCUUUGUCCGCUGAAGCAGUUGAAGCAGUCGAUUUACUGCUUACAAUCGAUCCCACGUUGCGUCCGGCAGCAAAGGAGGUGCAGCAAAUGCGUUUCUUCGAGUCCAUAGAUUGGAAGAAUAUCGAAAACGAGGAGCCGCCUUUUGUGCCAACGCCUGAAAAUCCCACCGACACGGCGUACUUUGAGGCGCGCAACAAUUUGCAACAUUUGCAAUUAUCCAACUUUACGCUGGAAGAUUAAAGCCUAAAACCGCAGCAAACAAAGACUGAAGAGUGGCAUAGAGUUUGGUUUCAAUGGGGUUGCACACAUAAACUAGAAUUCAUCGUGUAAGCAAUGCAACGGAAAUUAGCUGUGGUGUUCUAAAUAAAGUUGAUUAGUUGUAUGACUGUUCCGCCGACAGUCGGUUAUACGUUACUGGAACGACCUGGAUUUACUAUAUAUCCGGUUAAGGAGUGUCACUCCUCGUACAUGUAUGGAGGAUGUUUUUGCUGCUACAACAACAACAUUAGUAGUAUGACUGCAUUAAGAAAACGUUUAGCUAAACACUAAACACUGCGUAUUUACUAAAAUUCAACUGAUUAUUUUGUUAAUUUACUUUAUUUUUUAAACGUUAUUUUUUUGUGUUUUUAAUAUCGGUUUGUAUUGCUUUGUAAAAUAUAAUUUUCACUAGUAAAACAA